AUGCACAUAGCACAAAACUCAGAACCUGUAAAACAGAAGAUGGUGAAAACCAGUAGCUAUAAGAAGUUUAGAGUAGCUGCUAAAGAGACCUAUGUGUGGUACAGAAAAUUUAUAUUGGGAUAUCCAUCCAGUCUGCAAACACUGCAUAGAUUUAAAAUACUUGGUCUGCAAGGUCUGAAUCAAAAGGCCAAUCAGCAUGUUGAUCAAGUUAAUAAUACCUUUGAUAUGAACAAAGAUGGAUUUAUUGACUUUUUAGUGUUUAUUGCUUCUGUAAAUCUAGUUGUAUGAGGAAAAGUGGAAAAAUUAAAAUGGCAUUUUAAGCUGUAUGAUGCUGAUGGAAAUGGUUCUAUUGACAAAAAGGAGCUACUGAACAUCUUUAUAGCUGUGCAAGCCCUGAACAGCCAGCAAACUCCAAGUCCUGAGGAAUUUACCAACUUGGUGUUUCAUAAGUUCAUUGUAAAUAAUGAUGGAGAAUUGAUUUUAGAAGAAUUGAUCAAUGGCACAGAAAAUGAUCAGGAUCUUUUGGAGACUGUUUCCAAGAGCUUAGACUUUUCCAAUGUACUAAAAGCAAUCUGUAAUGGGAAGCAGUCAGACACAGGAGAGAGACCACUUCCAAACCAUCUGACAAGGCCCAUUAGUACAUCUGUUAAUGGAAAACUUUCUCCUAGAAACACAGUGGAGGCUGAAGGGCAGAUGUGA